CCGGAGAAAGUGAGAGACCAGAGGGAACCACGGUGAAUGACAGAGCAUUUCCUCACAUGCACAAAACAUAGACAGAAACACAAGGAGGCAAGCCAUUUUCCUCACACAUCUAUUUUAUUCUUCCACUACUGCACUCUCACGCACACAUACACACAUUCAGAGCAGAAUGUUGCACUGGAGGCUCCCCCUGGCAGUGGGUGUGUGGUCGAUGUGUGUGUGUCUUACUCUGACCUAUGAGGACGAUAUCGAAGUCAACUACGCCGACACCUACUACAAUGAAAUCACAGAGGAGGAGACACCAGAACCCACACCGAGUGCGACCCCCUGUAGUUCUCCAGACCUCACAAAGUGGGACAAAAUCUUCUCAAUGCUGGAGAACAGCCAGAUGAGGGAGAACAUGCUUCUCCAGUAUGCUGAUGACAUUGUCAAAGUGGAGAUGGGGUCUCUGCGUGGGGAAAUACUCAGGUUUGUGGCCCAGUAUGGGGGUUCUUGUGGGGUUGCAGUGGAGACAGCAGGAAGGAGGAUGGCCUUGCAGCUGGAAGGACGCCUAAGGGAAUCCCUUGAAAGACUAAAAUUUGGAGAUUACAUUCCCACUGCUGGUGGUAAUUCUGUUGGGAAUUCAAACAAUCUGGAGGCAAUGCUACAACAGCUUCUCUCCACCGCACGAAUCCAAGCGACCCGGCUUGGCAAGCUGGAAAGCAGCUGCUUCAGCAACCCAGGAAGUGCGAAGGCAACAUCGCAACUUUCACAGGGAGGAAGCACUGACCAUAGAGAGCAGGAGGUCACAACACAAGAGGUCGUUUUGGAGGGGGCCUUGGCCGUGCUGCAGCAGACAAGAAUGGAGCUCCAGGAGGUGCUGAGUUCAUCACGGCACAGAUACCUGCCUGGAGGUAAUGAGAUGGCAAUCCUCUUCCCCAUGCGUUCCCGUCGCAUCUACACUUCAGUGAUACCGGAUGUCCCUCUUUCACUAUCCUCCUUCACUGUUUGCCUGUGGGUGAAGCCAGUCACAGUCUCCAAUAAAACUGUUCUCUUCUCUUACGGCAACCGUCGUAACCCCUAUGAGAUCCAGCUCUUGCUCAGCCACACCUCAGCCCUGUUUACCAUAGGAGGAGAGACUCACCUGGUGGAGGCAAGGGGUGUGGUCAAGCCAAAAGGUCCACCAGAAUGGAUCCACCUAUGCGGGUCUUGGUCCUCUGAGCAGGGCCUGGCAUCCUUGUGGGUAGGUGGAAAAAAGGUUGCUUCCACACCUGGAGUGGCAGAAGGACACAUCCUACCAGACGGAGGCUCACUCCAGCUGGGACAGGAAAGGAAUGGCUGCUGCCCUCUGACCCCGAGUAGCAGCGGCAACGGGGUGCCAGGGUUUGAAGCAGGGUUCGAUCCCAAGCUGGCAUUUGCGGGAACGAUGGCAGGAGUGAAUAUGUGGGACAAAGUGCUGCCGGAGGAGAAGAUUGUCCAGCUGGCUUUGAAAGAGGGCCUUGGCUGCGAGCAGAGGGGGAACAUAGUGGCGUGGGGUGUGACGGAGAUGGUUCCACAUGGAGGCGCUCAAUUUAUCAACUAAAAUCCACUCUAUGACAUUCAUCAGCAUUGUCCUUGCCGAUCACAAACUUUGUAAUCUGCUUUCAUGCUAAAACUGAGAAAACUUAUCUUUCUGCAAAUACUUCGUUUAUUUUUUUUACCACAAUUUCAACUGAGGCCAUAUCUCACACACGCUGCUUGCUGCGACACACAAACAUUGUCAACCAUUCAUCUUGGAAAACGUGUUUCGUAGCAGGAAAUGUGCUGCAAGCUAUGUUUACCAAAGACCUAAUUAGGGUGAAAGAAAGAGUCCAUUGUGAAAGUGAGCAAGUUCUGAGCCAAUAAAUAAAAGAACUCAGCAGAUACAGGAGAGGGUAAUCAGUGGUCAAAAAGAAUUUCAAUGUUUUAAUUGUAGACCCUUGAAUUUCCUUUUAAAGUUACUCAUUCAUUCAUUCAUUUUCCGUACCGCUUAUCCUCACUAGGGUCACAGGUGUACUGGCUCCUAUCCCAGCUGACUUCGGGCGAGAUGCGGGGUACACCAUGAACUGGUCGCCAGCCUAUCGCAGGGCACGUAGAAACAGACAAACAUUCACACUCACAUUCACACAUACGGACAAUUUAGAGUCUUCAAUCAACCUACUAUGCAUGUUUUUGGGAUGUGGGAGGCAACUGGAGUACCCGGAGAAAACGCACAGGCAUGGGGAGAACAUGCAAACUCCACACAGGUGAGGCCCGGAUUAGAACCUGCAACCUCAGAACUGAUGUGCUAACCAGUCGUCCACCGUCCCGCGUCUAGUUUUAUCAUACACAGCAAACGUUGUUAAUUGCAUCAUUAUCAUCUUUUGGCAUUUGAAACUUGGUAUUUGCUUUCCUAAACUAAGUAUCAUACUGAGCAAUUCUUAGAUUAUUCCCAUUUGACUAAAAGAGGUACCAUAUACAGUAAAGAGCUUUGCGAUGUUGAGCCAUGUGAUCUAGCCAAUACUUGUGACUGAAAACUGCUGUGCAUGCUUCCUGUCAGAAAGCCAACUCUAGAAAUAACUUUAAAUUGCAGAAGCUGAAUAAGCAAUAUUGCGUUUUCUUUCCCUUUUCACCUCCCUAAGAUGGAAACUCUGUCAAUACCUUACAAUGCUUUGUACUCAUCAACAUGUUUACAUUCAUAUUAGUCAUUUUAUGUCUGCUUUGUCAGCUGUCCAUUAUUUUUUACACAUACUGUAAUAUGUUUAUCUUUUUUUUUUUGCAUUGCAAAGUUACAUUGUUAUAUUUGUCAUUUGAGGUGGAAAUGUUUUUAUAUAAGUGAGGGCAAUGUUUACAAUGUCUGGUCUUUUGUCAAUUAAAUUGUCUUGUAUAUAUAAUACUGUAUAUUGAUUGAAUUUGGUGUCCCUGGCAAUGUCAACUGGUCAAAAUGAAUGUAUUUUGUACAUAAAUGUAUUUUGCAUAAGAUAGUUGGUUGAACGCAGAGUGUGGUAUGAAUAAACCUAUAAUACCGUAA